GCUAAUGACCUGGUGGGGCUUACAGUACUAUUCCAGGCCAAUCAUUGCACAGUCAUCUCUUUCAAGAAAGUUUCUAACCAAUAAGCAGAAGCCUAACAUUCUGGGCUGAAAGCUAAGUGCCCCAUAUAUUCCUGGGUGACACUGAAGCAGGUUACGUUUCCUCAGAAGAAGGCUCCUUGGUGGUAAGUUGAACAUUUCUGGGCAGGGUAAAAAUCAUACUUCAUAUUAUGUCAUAAAGUAGAUUCUGAGGAGUAGGUGAGGGUGUCAAGGACUAUGAAGAGAAGUGUUUUGUAAAAACUAAAAUGAUAAUAGCUUCAUUUAUCAUUUCCCCAGGAAAGGUUACUUGAAAAAUGAAGUUGAGGGUUUUUUUAAUUCAAAUACACAGCUUUAAUAACUGCAUGAGAGAGACAAGUUUUUAUUUAUAUUUAUCUCAUUUUUCUAGAACUUCCCUUGAAAAGACAAAUUUUAAGAUAUCAAUAAGGAAAUAUAAUUCUAAAGAAAGUGUUUUAAGACAGGCCAGUACUAUGAAAUUGCGAAAAUUAUUAUAAAGUCUAUUCAUCUCACAGUCAAAUAUAAACCUCUCAAUUAUUGAAGACAUUUCAUUAAAAUGAGUCAGUAGAGCAUGAUUAUUUUACCUAAAUAUAGCAGAGGACUUUUUUAAGGUAUAUGACUUAUUUCUUACAGAUAUAUGACUUAUUUCUAUAUUCAUAUUUUUUAAGGUUUCAUGUUAGUAUUUGCAAAACAAACAAAUGUAUGAGCAAAUGAAACAUUUGAAUCUUGUAAAAGAUCCAAGAAUUCACAGAGACAUCAUCUUGAUGGGAUGUAUUUUUUAAAUGCAUAUUCUAAAACAUAAUUUUUUACUUGUUGCAUAGGUAACAAAAUUUGGAAUUUAUUAGUUGAACAUGCACAGAUUUUUAUAAACUAGCAAGAAUAUAUUUUUUAUAAGUUUUGUUUUUCAUUUUAUAUGUCAUAUAGUAUAUAUUCCUAUCAAUCAAAAUACUUUGCAGUUUCAGCAUUUAGUACUGUCAGUGAACUGUGUCUUAGGCUGAGAACAUUCCCAUCUGUUCUUACUGUAUUCAAUAGGUAAAGUUACAUCUUUUCUAAAGUCAUAGUGAACUCCAGUGCACUAAAUUCAAGCAAAUACUACAAACACAGGUAACAUUUUAAUGACCGCAUUGGAAAUUCUGUUUGCUGGAAAAGUUUUCCAGUUAUUUAUUAUCAGAUUUAAUUACUCACAUGACUAAGGUUCCUGGACAGAUAAAUUUUAGUGAAAUGAGUCUAAAAUUGUAUGUCUUGUAAAAUAAAACUGUUCCCUUAUAUCCCACCCUUACCUAAAUAUAUUUGUAUUACUUGGAACAAGUUUAAUUUUCUUUUUCAAUGACAGCUUUGAAGAACAUCCUGAAGAUUAUCUAGGAGACAAGAAUCUAUUUAUUGAAUUAUCUAGAACAAAAGCCAGGAGCUCCCUAAUGGAAGCACAUUAGUGUUUAUUUUGAUGAAGAAAUAUCUAGAUUUUUUAAAACAACCACAAAGUAGAUAGCUCAGUAAAAAAUCAAUUUUGGAAGAUGUCGCUGAACAACUCUUCCAAUGUAUUUCUGGAUUCAGUGCCCAGUAAUACCAAUCGCUUUCAAGUUAAUGUCAUAAAUGAGAACCAUGAGAGCAGUGCAGCUGCAAAUGACAAUACUGACCCACCACAUUAUGAAGAAACCUCUUUUGCGGAUGAAGCUCAGAAAAGACUCAGAAUCAGCUUUAGGCCUGGGAAUCAGGAGUGCUAUGACAAUUUCCUCCAAAGUGGAGAAACUGCUAAAACAGAUGCCAGUUUUCAUGCUUAUGAUUCUCACACAAACACAUACUAUCUUCAAACUUUUGGCCACAACACCAUGGAUGCCGUUCCCAAGAUAGAGUACUAUCGUAACACCGGCAGCAUCAGUGGGCCCAAGGUCAACCGACCCAGCCUGCUUGAGAUUCACGAGCAACUCGCAAAGAAUGUGGCAGUCACCCCAAGUUCAGCUGACAGAGUUGCUAACGGUGAUGGGAUACCUGGAGAUGAACAAGCUGAAAAUAAGGAAGACGAUCAAGCUGGUGUCGUGAAGUUUGGAUGGGUGAAAGGUGUGCUGGUAAGAUGCAUGCUGAACAUCUGGGGAGUCAUGCUCUUCAUUCGCCUCUCCUGGAUUGUUGGAGAAGCUGGAAUUGGUCUUGGAGUCAUCGUCAUUGGCCUAAGUGUGGUAGUGACGACACUCACAGGUAUUUCUAUGUCUGCUAUUUGCACGAAUGGAGUAGUAAGAGGAGGUGGGGCCUACUAUCUUAUUUCCAGAAGUUUAGGGCCCGAGUUUGGUGGGUCAAUAGGCCUGAUCUUUGCUUUUGCUAAUGCAGUGGCUGUUGCUAUGUAUGUGGUGGGAUUUGCUGAGACUGUAGUAGAUCUUCUUAAGGAGAGUGAUUCGAUGAUGGUGGAUCCAACCAAUGACAUCCGGAUUAUAGGCUCCAUCACAGUGGUGAUUCUUCUAGGAAUUUCAGUAGCUGGAAUGGAAUGGGAGGCAAAGGCCCAAGUGAUUCUUCUGGUCAUUCUUCUAAUUGCUAUUGCAAACUUCUUCAUUGGAACUGUCAUUCCAUCCAACAAUGAGAAAAAGUCCAGAGGUUUCUUUAAUUACCAAGCAUCGAUAUUUGCAGAAAACUUUGGGCCACGCUUCACGAAGGGCGAAGGCUUCUUCUCUGUCUUUGCCAUUUUUUUCCCAGCAGCUACUGGGAUUCUUGCUGGUGCCAAUAUCUCAGGAGAUUUGGAGGAUCCCCAAGAUGCCAUCCCCAGAGGAACCAUGCUGGCCAUUUUCAUCACCACUGUUGCCUACUUAGGGGUUGCAAUUUGUGUAGGGGCCUGUGUGGUCCGAGAUGCCACCGGGAACAUGAAUGACACCAUCAUUUCUGGGAUGAACUGCAAUGGUUCAGCAGCAUGUGGGUUGGGCUAUGACUUCUCAAGAUGUCGACAUGAACCAUGUCAGUACGGGCUGAUGAACAAUUUCCAGGUCAUGAGCAUGGUAUCAGGAUUUGGCCCCCUCAUCACUGCGGGAAUCUUUUCUGCAACACUCUCCUCCGCCCUGGCCUCCCUUGUCAGUGCACCCAAAGUGUUCCAGGCUCUGUGCAAGGACAACAUCUACAAAGCCCUGCAGUUUUUUGCAAAGGGAUAUGGGAAAAACAAUGAACCCCUGAGAGGAUAUAUUCUCACUUUUUUUAUAGCCAUGGCAUUUAUUCUUAUUGCGGAACUGAACACCAUUGCUCCCAUCAUCUCUAACUUUUUCCUGGCCUCAUAUGCACUUAUUAAUUUCUCCUGCUUCCAUGCCUCUUAUGCCAAAUCUCCAGGAUGGAGACCUGCGUAUGGAAUUUACAACAUGUGGGUAUCUCUUUUUGGAGCUGUUUUGUGCUGUGCAGUCAUGUUUGUCAUCAACUGGUGGGCAGCUGUCAUCACCUAUGUCAUUGAAUUCUUCCUUUAUGUCUAUGUGACUUAUAAGAAGCCAGAUGUGAACUGGGGCUCCUCCACACAGGCUCUUUCCUACCUAAGUGCUUUAGACAAUGCCCUGGAAUUAACCACAGUGGAAGACCACGUAAAAAACUUCAGGCCCCAGUGCAUUGUCUUAACAGGGGGACCCAUGACAAGACCUGCUCUCCUGGACAUAACUCACGCCUUUACCAAGAACAGUGGCCUUUGCAUCUGCUGUGAAGUCUUUGUGGGACUGCGCAAACUGUGUGUUAAGGAGAUGAACAGUGGCAUGGCAAAAAAACAGGCCUGGCUUAUAAAGAACAAAAUCAAGGCUUUUUAUGCUGCAGUGGCGGCAGACUGUUUCAGGGAUGGUGUCCGAAGUCUUCUCCAGGCCUCAGGCUUAGGAAGAAUGAAACCAAACACUCUGGUGAUUGGAUAUAAGAGAAACUGGAGGAAAGCUCCCUUGACAGAGAUUGAGAACUACGUGGGAAUCAUACAUGAUGCAUUUGAUUUUGAGAUUGGCGUGGUUAUAGUCAGAAUCAGCCAAGGAUUUGACAUCUCUCAGGUUCUUCAGGUGCAAGAGGAAUUAGAGAGAUUAGAACAAGAGAGACUAGCACUGGAAGCGACUAUCAAAGACAAUGAGUGUGAAGAGGAAAGUGGAGGCAUCCGAGGCUUGUUUAAAAAAGCUGGCAAGCUGAACAUUACCAAGACAACGCCUAAAAAAGAUGGUAGCAUUAACACAAUCCAGUCGAUGCAUGUGGGAGAGUUCAACCAGAAACUAGUGGAAGCCAGCACUCAAUUUAAAAAGAAACAAGAAAAAGGCACAAUUGAUGUUUGGUGGUUGUUUGAUGAUGGAGGGUUAACACUUCUUAUCCCCUAUAUCUUGACUCUCAGAAAAAAAUGGAAAGACUGUAAAUUAAGAAUCUAUGUGGGAGGGAAGAUCAACCGCAUUGGAGAAGAAAAAAUUGCAAUGGCUUCCCUUCUGAGCAAAUUUAGGAUAAAAUUUGCAGACAUCCAUAUCAUUGGUGACAUCAACAUUAAGCCAAACAAAGAGAGCUGGAAAGUCUUUGAAGAGAUGAUUGAACCAUAUCGUCUCCAUGAAAGCUGCAAAGAUUUAACAACUGCUGAGAAAUUAAAAAGAGAAACUCCGUGGAAAAUUACAGAUGCAGAACUGGAAGCAGUCAAGGAAAAGAGUUACCGCCAAGUUCGACUGAAUGAACUCUUACAGGAGCACUCCAGAGCUGCUAAUCUCAUUGUCCUGAGCCUUCCAGUGGCAAGAAAGGGAUCCAUAUCGGAUUUGUUGUAUAUGGCUUGGUUGGAAAUCCUCACAAAGAACCUCCCACCUGUCUUACUAGUUAGAGGAAAUCACAAAAAUGUCUUGACAUUUUACUCUUAAAACAUGGAAGAUUAAAAUACAUUUUAACUUAAUGUAAUGCAUAAUUAAGAAACAUGUUCCAGUACUUUAUGUUGUAAAUCUGAUCUAUGGAUAUGCAAACCUCUGGAGACGAUCCUACCAGAUUCUACAUACAUUGCAUAAUUUUUAUCAGUUAGUGCGAGCUUUUUUUUCUCUUCUCAACUUAAGGGGUUGUCAAAGCCAAUGCUAUCCCUAGAAAAACAUUUUUGUCACUGCUGUUGAUAAACAAGAAAAUCAAGGAAACUCAUGUUGGCUUAUGCUCAUGAAAACCACCAAUGUGAUUGUAAACUUCUCCAGACAAACUUAAUCUUUUGUUUCUUAAUUUUUUGUUUUCAGUGUUUGCUUCUCAGCCCUGGUAUAGGUCUCAGGCCCACAGCAGGAUCUCAAUAAAUGCUUAUUGACAGGCUGGCAUAGUAACCACGGGUGGUUAUCAAAGGAAAAGACCAAUAGGCUGGGGAACAUAAUUAUGCUUGGCCCCCUCAGAGGCUUAUACCUACAAAGCAGAUUUAAAAAUCAAUAACUCAAAACUUUAAGAAGUACUUGAGUCUACAAAAUAUUCAAAGCAGUUACCUAAAUAAGGUUAUUUAAUGUAACAGAUUAUAUACUUAAAGUGAUCUGAGCAAUCAUUGAUAACAUAUGGCUUAAAUUUGCUGCUGCCUGAAAAGUAUAUUAACUAGAUUAGAAGACACCAUAUACUCCAAUAAAAUGAAAUAUAUUCUAUUCUCAACAUAUAAACUUUAAUUGUACUCCCUAUCAAAUAUUUUCAAAUUUCCAUCACGGCAUUACUUUGCAUAUUUUUUUCUAAUUAAAUGGUUAGUACAGAUGAAAUCUUUAUAGAUGACUACUUGAAAACUAAGUGCCACAAAUUUUCAAACCAUUACUAAGAAAUAUAUCCUGAAUCAUGUAUUUAGUUACUUUCUAUAGUGAUUGUACAGAUUUAAAAGAAUAAUUAAAAUGUGAAGUUGAAAAACUUGUAAAAUUUGGAAUAUACAGAUACUGAUUUUUUUUCAUUUUUGUUAGUACACCUAUAAUACUUAAUCACAUUGACAAACCAAUGAAAAUAUUGUUUUUCUGAUGAAUGGCUUGAUUUUUCUCCUUGACAUGUUUUGACUGUUCAUUCUAACUGAAAACAUAUAUGGGAAAAUAUGAACCUGAAAUAAAAGCACUCAAAUUCGAUUGCUUUGGCCUAGGUCAUGUUUUUACUUUCAGUCAUAAAAUUGUGGUGCAAUGGUGUAUCAGAUGUGAGCCUGAAGAUUUCAAUCAGUGGCCUCAUCUGCAGUUGUUUAAAGCUAAGAUUCAAGAUCAGGACUUCCUAACUCAGCCUCUCUGCUCAGAAGGAUGACCAGAGAAUAAGGGAGACCAUCAGCAAAGCUUAGGCAGCUGGAUAUUCCUAUUCCAAAUCCAGGGCCACUGUGUUUAACUCUGCCCUCAAUAAAACCCUUUCUCUUGAGCACUAUGGACCUGAAAUCCAAAUGCCUAAACUCAGCCUCAUGUGGGCCUGACAGUUCUCUGAAAUACUUGAGGGUCUCUGGGAAAGAUGAGAAGUAAUAUGACUUGUUUAACAGAACAUUCUGGCUCUUGUUUCUUUCUGGGCUGCUGCAAGUUGGGUUCCUUGGGAAACAGACUCUGAGACAAAGUUUAGCAUGAUCCCCUGGGGAUCAACACCUGAGGGAAGGAGGGGAAGAAGCAGGAAACAUAGAGGUAAGCAGUGAGCUGGGAUGCAGGCCCAACGACAGCCUCUGCUGACCCUACACAGAGUCAUCCCAAGCAGGGCAGAGAGGGCCAGGCUUUUGUACUCUGCUUUUAUCAGUUAUUGCAUGGGGGCUGCCUGGGAAGGGGUGUGACCUCUGGGGCAGGGGGGUGCAUGGGGCAGCUCUGUGCAGCGAAGGCAAUGCCUCAAGGGCCUAGCAGGGAAAGUCUGUGUGCUGACAGCACUCCUAGCUGUUAGGGCAACAAGCUCUUCAUUAAACAAGGUCUGGGUAGGACCGAAGGGACCAUAUAAAGUAGUAGAAACUGAGUUACUGAAUUUCCUGAGGGCUAAUAGCAAAGAGAUGGCUGAGUAUAGCCCUUGAAUUCCAGGUUAAGGGUUGGGUGGCUCUAAGGUACUAGAGAUCUUGAGGUCAAGAGCAACUGUAUUGGGAAUAAAUUCGGAGAGCAGAAAGUUAAAAGGAUAGGGGCUACAGUCACAUAGCAGCAGAUUUGUCCGGCCCUUGGUGCCCUGCUGUUGACCUUUGCUUCACCCAACUCUAUUGAUCCAGCUACCCAUCAUCUCCAUGUCUACACUCAGGUUUCUGAGCAAGAAGGAGAACAUUCCACAAUCACAUGCAUUGGUGUCCAACUGUCUCUGUCUCCUCACUUUGUGCAUGUUUCUCAACAGCGUCCCCACCCUUUCUUCACCAUGACUUCAACAUCACUUUUUCAGUUGCUGUCUCUGCUCCAAUCCCCACAAACAUAGACAUAUUCAUAGACAUAAAAUUUCUUUCAUAGAUAGUGCCACACUGGGAGCAUUGUCCUAUGAGUUUUUCACUUAACACUCAAUUUUAGAAAUAUUUCAAUGGAAGCUUUAUUAUAAUAAUUAUUAUUAUUAUUUAGAGACAAAGUCUGGCUCUCUCACACAGGAUGGAGUGUAGUGGUGCAAUUAUAGCUCGCCAUAAUCUCAAACUCCUGGGCUCAAACAAUUCUCCCACCUCUACUUCCUGAAUAGCUAGGACUACAUUCAUAUGCCACCACACCUGACUAACCUUUAAAAAAUUUUUUGUAGAGACAGGAGCUCACUAUAUUGCCCAAGCUGCUCUUGAACUCCUGGCCUCAAGCAAUCCACCUGCCUUGGCCUUCCAAAGUGCUGGGAUUGCAAGCAUGAGUCACCAUACCAGGCCAUCGAUGGAAACUUUAAAAAGAGAGUAUAAAUUCUUGGGGACCACCAUAACCCUGGUAAAUUAGAAUCUCUGGGAGUGGGACUGAGGGACCUGUAUGUUCUGAUGAUCUGCAAGAUUUUGGAACUACUGCUUUGAGGGCAGUCCCUCCCAUUUCCAUGAUUUGGUUUCCACUACAUGUUGGUGUCUCCUAAAUUUACAUUUUUAACUCAGAUCUCUUCUAAGUCUCAGAUCCAUAUAUUUAAACACUAAUUGUCUUGAUGUUUCUCUCUAGGUAUCCUGCAGAUACCCUAAAUGCAGAUUGACCAGACUUUUGUAAAAAAAACACACACAUACACUGGAGGAAUGGCAUCUAAUUCUUUUUUUUUUUGACAUGGAGUCUCACUUU